AUGGCGAUUCAGGAAUUUUCCAGUCUUUCUAGUCUGACUACGAAGACCGUGGCAUCAAUUGAUGCAUAUAAAGCGGCCAAGACCGAAAAGGCCCGACAUGAUGCCCUUGAAGCUGCCACGCGUCUCGUAAGGGCUCUUGAAGAGCCUUCGGAUGCGAUUUACAAGUUAUUCGCUUCGCCUGCUGUUCUCAUGGCCAUUAAGACCGCCAGUGAUCUGGACAUCUUCACUGCUUUAUUUCAAACAACUUCUUCUGUCACUUAUAAAGAGUUGGCUGCACGGAAGAACGCAGACGGCCAACUGGUUGAACGUAUCAUGCGUGUUCUUGUUUGCAACGGUUUUGCAAGUGAACUGGGUCCCGGUCAAUAUGGUCCUACUGAUUUUUCAAGACAAAUGACGGAGAGGAAAACGAUUGGGACAAUGGACUCACUUUUCAUGGACUUUUUACCCAUCAUUAACAAAACACCGGAGUUCUUCCAGAAGUCUGACUACAAGAAUCCUGGAGACCCCAACAAUGGGCCAUUCCAACAUGCCUAUAACACGACUGGUACCUGCUGGGACUGGUUGGCGAAGAACCCAGGGGCAUUAGAUCGCUUUAAUACGUUCAUGGAGGGCGGCCGAGAUGACAUUGCUCACUGGGCUGACUGGUUUCCUGUUCAAGAGCAGUUACUAGAUGGAGCUUUAGAUGACCGCGCCCUGCUUGUUGAUGUCGCCGGGGGUCGUGGUCAUGAUCUCGCCGGAUUCAAGGAGAGAUUUCCCAUGGGAGCUGGAAAGCUUGUACUUGAGGAUUUGCCUUCUGUCAUCGAGGACAUUCAAACGCUGGACAGCGAUAUUCAGAGAGUCAAACAUGACAUUUUCACGCCUCAGCCUGUCAAAGGUGCUCGUGCAUACUACUUCAAGCACAUUAUGCAUGACUGGGAUGACGAUCACUGCCGGGUAAUUCUGCAACAUAUCACCGCUGCUAUGGAGACAGGAUAUUCCAAAGUCUUGAUUGAGGAUUACAUCGUCCCUGACCAGAAUGCGGGGCCAAAGGAGACUUUGACCGAUAUGAUUGUCAUGGUAUGGUGUCCGGGAAUUGAAAGGACUCGUCACAGAUGGACGGAGCUUCUGCAAUCAGUCGGGUUAACAAUCAAGAAGUUUUGGGUGCCUCAUGGGCACAACAAGGGCGUUAUUGAGGCUGAGCUACGGUCUACAGGAGAUGUCUGA